AUGGAAACUCGCGAAACCGCCGCAAAGUCGGGUGAAAACCCGAUUAACGGAAUUAGGAAAGUGAAUUUACGAGCUGAGAUUGACACAUCGCCGCCGUUCGAGUCAGUCAAGGAAGCCGUGACCCGUUUCGGCGGAAGCGGACCAUGGUUACCUCUUUACAGACUUGGAGAAGCUUUUAACAACUUUGAAGAUUUUGAUUUAAAGAAAGUGGAGGAACAAGCUGCGGAGUUGGAGAAGGAUUUGAUUGUGAAAGAACUCGAAACGCUUGAUGUGCUCGAAGAGCUUGGUGCGACAAAAAGGAUUGUGGAGGACUUAAAGCAGCAGCUACAAAAAGAGGCAUUGAAACUGUCCGCGACUCCGGAUUUACAUUCUUAUGAACAUGUUGGAGCUCCGGUUGUUAAGGAGAUGAAUAAGGAAAGUAAUGAUGAAGAGAAGAUGUUGCAAUCACCUGAUAUGAUUUUUAUGGAAUUGAAACAAGCCAAGGUGAAUCUUGGUAAUACUAUGAAUGAACUUGAGGCCAUACAAUCGUCGGUUGAGUCUUUAAAUAAGAAGAUGAAGAAGGAGAAAGCUUAUCUGGAGAGGACAAGAGAAAAGCUUGCAUCCAAGUUUGCAGCUAUUUCUGCUCAAGAGAAGGCCCAAGAGCAAGCUAGAUUCAAUCCACCGCCGUCACCUCAGGUGGAAUUCACUUUCGAUAUUCCUGCAAAUAUGAGGGAUUUUGUUUGUGAUUCUGAGCAGCACAAUGGAAUGGUUGAAACAGGAAAAUCUCAAGUGUCAAAGCCGUUGUCUUUGUAUGAAGAACAUGAGUUUAGUGUUAAGACCGCUGAGAUGAGGUGGCUUGCAGCCAAAAAGAUGGAAGAAGCUGCAAAGGCAGCAGAAGCUAUUGCUCUUGCUGAAAUCAAGGCUCUGUCUGGUGUUGAGAGAUCAUAUGAAUUCGCUCUACCGGAGCCUCGGAAAGUCACUUUUGCUUUAGCCGAAAACUCUCCUCUAAAUCCCGGGGCUAUCAUGAUACCUGAGGAGUUUAACUUGAAGAAGGUAAUAGAUUCGAAAUUUCAAAUGGAUGAAACAAAUAUUUCUAAACGGACUAUUCUGAAAAAGUUGGAGGAGGCAUCUGAAGAAAUUCUGCGCAGCAAACAAGUCUUAAAUGAUGCUUUAAACAGAAUUGAAAUCGCAAACAGAAAGCAACAUGCUGCUAAGGAAGCUCUUCGGAAAUGGAUACCCGAGGUUGAUCUAAAGGAGAAGCCAGUGUAUAACUCUUUUAACUUCAACAACUUUAAUCAAGCUGGAAUUCGUCAUGACUCUUCUCUACCAGAUGUAACCAGGUCAACAAUAGCAAGCAAUAAUCCGAAGCGUGUUUCGAGGCCAACAACUUCAAUGAGAGAUGUACUUAGCAGAAAGCAAGUUCCUGAAGAAUAUGCUGCAAGAAAGGAGAUGGAAGAGCAUACUGAAAGACGAAAGGUAGCAUUGAGUCAAAUGCUUCAAGCAUUGAGGGAAGAUCUAACCCUUUCACCAGAACCUGAGAAAGAUCAUGGGAUUCAUCAAAAGCAGUCCGCGACACCAAGGAAGAAGUUUGGAUUCAUCCCUAUGACUAGGACAAGUAAGAAAAAGACAUGA